AGUACGCCUACCAAUUCUGACGCGAUCGGUCUAAUUUUGCCGGACUAGAAGAAUCUAGGAUAUUCUAGUGGUUGGUUGAUUUUUUUUAUAAGUGUAGUAAAAAGAUAUCAAUAGAAAGUGAACGGUUCAAAUGGGCUUAAUGGACAACUGUGAGAUAUUUAGUAUUAAGGGAACCUCCUUGCCAAGUGAUAAAGUGUGAUCUGUACUGAUACGUAUUAUCAACCGUGUUAGCACUAAUCGAUUCGCCGAACCAGACUGUCUGGGGAAGAAGAUCCCCGUCAAGAACACGGAACUUACAUUAACCGAUAAAAUCGGCGUUUGUCCCACAGCUUAUCAUAAAUGUGUACCAGCGGCAGCAGGGAGAUAUAAAACGGUCAAAUAGCGCCCACAAGGCAAGCUGCCUAAUCAGUUUUCAACCAAGCAGCCUACUGCGAUGUAAAAAGUGAUUUUUUGGUGCAGAGAAAGUGAAUAGUAAAUUCCAGCAGCAGCAGCAGCAAAACCCGUUUAAGUUACAGAAUCGUUUGGCAUCCCGAGUCGAUCGGAGAUCGGAGCUCCCACAUUUCGGUUUUUCGCAUUCGGGAAUGGAAGUAGUUGCUGGCUCGAGAGUCGCAUUCCCGUAUCUAGUGAAGGUGAACGACGCACUACUGGGUACCUCUGAGUACGAACGGGACUUCAACUAUCCGGACAAACUGGAUCGGCUUCCAACGGUCAGCCCGGAAGUAGCGACCGCGUAGACAUCUCCGAUGAGAAACUACGUCGCCGCCAUACCGUAGACGCAUCCAGCCUGCCCGAACCAAAACCAAGUAGUCGCAUUGAGUCAAAAUCACCUACGCCAAACUCCACCGGAUCUGGUCAGUAGUAUCUUACAACGUUCGAGCUACGAAGCCUAGAGAGCCAAACUAGACAGACGGUCAGUCAGUCAGGACAACAGCCGAGACAGAGUGUAGACAGAACAGUUUUAUCGACAGAGUAGUUCGUGUCGGUCGCAUCUUCCCGUGUCGUGUGUCGAAACCGCGACGAUGAAUCCAAAGCUAAAUCCAACCGACGAUCCGGAACAGCCGCCACAGCUGCUGGCGGCUGCCGACGAUACCGCGGGCAUUCUCUACAGCAUAGAUCUCGGCGGCAUGCCAAUCGACAGCAUGAUCACCACUAGUUGUAACAAUAGUAAUAAUAACCACUUCAUCGGUGCUAAUAGUUUUAAGCCUGACGACCUGAGGAUCGACGUGCGAAGUGCGGCGGAUUUCUAUCAACCCGAGGACGAUAGCUUUAGGCCGUUCACAAUCUACGGCAACCACGGUGAUGGAAACGAGAAACUGUCCGGUCUACCAGCUUCAACAACCGGCUCAUUAAGCUCAAUCAUAACGACGUCUGUGGCAUCCUCCGAGCCGGAUCGUGGUGAUCAUCGAGACGGUGGCGUUGGCGGCGGUGGUGAUGACGACGAUAACAAUGUAGUAUCGACAACGGGAGGCGGCGGCGGCAAGUGCCUGGGCGGAGGCGGCGGUGGCCACGGCGGUGCUACCGAAAUCAAGCAGGAAAAAUGGUGGGAAACGACGCUGCAGAUCUCGAUUCCGUUCUUCAUCGCCGGUAUCGGUACGAUCGGUGCCGGCAUCAUCCUCGGCCGGGUGGAGCACUGGAAAGUAUUCGCCCAUGUCACGGAACUGUUCAUCCUGGUACCGGCGCUGCUCGGCCUCAAGGGCAACCUGGACAUGUGCUUGGCUUCGCGACUUUCGACCCAGGCGAACCUCGGCAACCUGAACGGAGCGCGGGAAAUCGCCCACAUGGUCGUGGGUAACAUCGCACUGGUUCAGGUGCAGGCCACCGUGGCGGCUUUUAUAGUGUCCAUCUUUGCGAUCGGCGUCGGGGCGGCCAUCAACGGGAAUUUCCUGUUCGAUCACGCCAUGCUACUGACCGCGUCCAGCAUGUUUACCGCGACGUCGUCGUGCUUUGUACUAGACUUCGUAUUAGUGGCUGUGAUUUUACUGUCUAAUAAGUUGAAAAUGAAUCCGGAUAAUCUGGCAACCCCGUUGGCAGCUUCGAUCGGUGACGUGGUAUCCAUAAGUCUACUCUCUUUCAUAGCGUCUUUGCUGUUUGAAAAUCUAGGCACUCACCUCUGGAUAACGUUCGUCGUGGUUACCUGCUAUUUUAUUCUGUUACCAUUUUGGGUAUUUUUAGUAUAUAGAAAUAAGUACACCCGGCCCGUAUUGACAACUGGAUGGAUUCCUGUCCUAUCGGCACUCUUCAUCAGCGGACUGGGUGGUCUAGUGCUGGAUACUGCCGUCGGUAUCUUCAACGGUUUCGUCGUGUUCCAGCCGAUCAUCAACGGCAUCGGGGGCAAUCUGGUAUCGGUUCAGGCGAGCAAAAUCUCCACCAUGCUGCACCAGAGCUCCAUCAUCGGUAUCAUUCCGCCGCAUGCUAAGAUCUUCGAGAUGCCCUGGCGAGCACUGUUCAAGGGAGUUCCUUACGCCAAAACUGCUCGAAUUCUGAUCCUCAUGGCAAUCCCCGGACAGGUGUUGUUUAUCUACAUUGCUGACUAUAUACAUAUGUCCGAAUCGACUAUUGGUGCUCCGUUUGUGUUGUCCUAUUUGCUCGUCAGUUUGAUACAGAUUAUGCUGCUCCUGUACAUCGCUCACGUGAUCAUUCAUGCCAUGUGGAAAUGGAAGAUCGACCCGGACAAUUCGGCGAUUCCGUACCUGACGGCGCUGGGCGAUCUGCUUGGUUCGAGCCUGCUGGCCAUCGCUUUCCUGUUCCUUCAAUCGAUCGGUCAUCCGUACGGUGAACCGCAGGAGGACACCAUUGCCUCCGUCACACCAACCAGCACGUUCAUCGCACUAGACGGUGACUCGAGCAAUAAUUUCGCUCCACAAUUGGCGUGAGAUCUUAUGUUUCUUCCUUGUUCUCUGCCUACUACGAAUCUGCCUACGUUUUUACGAUUACUUUUUCUUCUUCGAUUGUACGCACACUCGCACGAUUGUCACUGUUUCCUUGAUUCCAGCAAACAGUGCAGCCAGUUGAUUAGUUUGUGUUCAGAAUCGUUACUGCGAAGCUUUAAAAUAGGUAAACAAAAAAAAGUGUGGCCAAACAAUCUGUUGAAUUGCGUUUAGGGUUUUUUUUAAAUAAUUUUAAUAAUAGUAUACAUCAAUUCUUGAAGUUGGAAGAAAAACAGCGUGAAAAUUUGGCAGUAUUAUCUUGAAAACAGUUUUUAACAUCAAACUUGGUUAGAGUCACUCGUGAAAAAAAAACAAAUUACUAGACAUGAUUGACGAUGUUGGUUACCGCUGGCAAGGGGCUCCUCAAUGUUCAUUACGUAGCACGCGAACGCAGAAGAAUAAUUACAACACCCGUUGUUGGACGAACGACAGAAUGCUUAUUUAACUUAAGAAUACACAGAUUUGUAGUGCCUCAAUAAGCUUUCAUCCAGGCAGCCGGCAAGAAGGCUGCAUCACAUCCCCAAUAAAUCGUACAUUCGAUGAGUCGGAAUGAACACAACAUCGAGCAGCCCUCCUCUUUUUCCAUACAGACAAACCCAACCAGGAAGAUCCUACUCAUACGAGACAAUAAACGAGACGAGCGAUCGGUUCGGUUCGGUUUUACCAGCAGAAACUCAAUUAUAUCAAAAUUACGAAAGCAGCAGCCGGAAGAAUAAAUCAACUAAACAGAAAAGAAUGUGAUACUAACGAAAAAAAAAAAAAAUGAAACCGAGAAGACGAAACACAGCAACUCUAGCUAUUAACCAAAUGUGUAUGUAUUAGUAAGGAAUGACCACAAGUACUAGAUAAAUAUCAGGAAUGAAACUAGCGCAGAUUGCUUCGAUUGGAGACAUCCUAUAUUUUAAGGCAAAGAUUCGAAUUAACCAACUAUUUUGAUUGAGAGAAAGAGAUUAGGAAACUUGACAACAUUAUUGGCAACACUGCGAGCGAGGAGUUUCAAACAAUUUGAUGAAAACUGAAUUUAAAAAAAUGCAUUAAAUGAAUGGUUAACGAAAUAAGCAAACACAACAAUCCCCGAGUACUAGCUAGUAGAACAGCAGAUGAGAUAUAUAAUACCUAAUCCCCCCCAAACAACAACAGAAAAAACACAUAAUAGAGAGAUAAACAAAACUGUCAUUAAGACGAGCAGAACUGCAACAUACACACUCACUCACACACACACCUACACUCUGUAACUAUACUAUUUAAAUGACAGACAUGUUAUCGGCAAAAUAUAAAAAAUAAACU